AUGAGUGAAAAGAAAAGGAAGCGCCCAGAAUACCGGAACCCGGUUCGAAAAUACUUCGAGUGGAACGAGUCCAGAAAAUGCCAAAUGUGUAAAGUGAAAGGCUGCAGCUCAGGAAUUUCGGGAAACCGGGCAUCAAAUCUCGAGAGACAUCUGGAGACUCACCACAAAGAAGAGUUUCAGGAACUGAAAAAAGAGAAGUCAGAAAAAGCCGGAUCUUCAACGGCGACGGCUCAACAAGAUGACGACGAAUAUUUGAAAGUCAAAAUGUCGCCACAAGUCCUCAAGAGGAGCUGCGUUAAAAUAAUAACCCUUGGCGGUCGUCCUUUGGAAUGUAUGGAUGACGAAGGUUUUCAUGACAUCAUCGGCCCAAUCAUAGAUGCAAUGCCAGCGCAUAAACAAUUCGCGAUUUCAGCCGGCACCGUCAAGCGAAUGAUUCCUGACGAGGCGACUCAGCUAGUGAUGAAUUUGCGGAGUGAACUUGCACGCAGGUUUGUAUGCCUGAAAGUUGACGCCGUUUCCCGUCUGCACCGCAGCUUUCUUGGCAUAAAUGUCCAAUUCAUCGAAAAUGCCCAGGUCUGCAUAAGAACGUUAGCGGUGACGGAAAUUACAAAGAAGCACACAGGUGAGAACAUGAAAGAAAUGGUCUUGGAGUGCCUGAAGAAGUACGGUGUGGAUUUGAAGCAUGUGUAUACUUUCACUACAGACAACGGAUCCAACAUGAUCAAAACUGGGCGGCUUUUACAAGUCCUCCAGGAGAAAAAUUACAUCUCCGAGGUGGAUGCAGAGAUGACACAAUAUUUGGAGGACUUCUUUGAAGGUUUAGAAUUUGAUAUAGACUCCGCCGGUUCCAUUUUAUCCUCUGUCCCUUGUGCAGCACACACGCUGCAGUUGGCAGUGCUGGAGUUCCUAAAGGAAGAAAUCAAUAAAACAAUUCUGGAAAGAGCACGCCAAGAAGUGAGGACUCUUCGGACUCAAAAUUUGGUGCUUAAGUUGAAGGAGUUGAAAUUGCCUAUCCCGACGCUCGACUGCAUAACGAGGUGGCAUUCUACCGAUGAUAUGCUGGCAUCUCUCUUGAAAUUAAAACCGUUUUCAGAACAACUGCAAAUCAAAUUGACCGAGGCAGAAUGGAAAGAAAUAGAGGAGCUUCACAAAACGCUAGAGCCAGCUAAAAUAGCGACGAAGGUGUUUGAAGAAGAGCAACUGUUAAUAGGAGACUUUGUUGCGUAUUGGAUGCGCAUGAAAGGAAAAAUUAAGAAGUUGAAUACUCCGUACGCAGACAAACUAGUAAGCUACAUCGAAGCACGGGAACGGAUACCGGCGGCUAAUCGAGACACACCGUUAAUGAAGAAUCCGGCAGUUGUGGCAGCCCUUUAUCUCGACCCAAGGUACUUCAACGUGUUGAGCGAAGAUGACGUGAAAUUAGCUGAAAAUCACAUAUUGAAACUAUAUGCCCGAAUGUGUGAAGAAGAACCGCGACAGCCUUCGCAAGAAGUUCAAGAAGUUUUUUCUGACGAGGAAGAAGACGAGUUCCGAGCGAUGCUGAUAGAAAAGGAAAGAGAACGAACGAUUCGACCGUCGCCAAAGAAACGCGGGAAGGUCGCCUUGGACAUGGAACUAGACCUGUAUGAUUUUCGCAGCAGGAUAAAGAUGGUGCAUCGUAAAACUAACAUCUUAGAAUGGUGGCAAACCGAGGGCUAUCGUAAAUGGCCCCGCCUUCUCGCCAUUGCGAACAUAGUUUUAGCUGUACCCGCAACCCAAGUAUCGGUGGAGCGAUUGUUUUCCGGCCUGAAGUAUAUAUUUUCGAAAUCCCGAAGCAACAUUGGGUCCGAACUGUUAGAGGCAAUUACGGUCAUAAGGAGCAAUUCGAAGUUUAUGGAAAGGUACGUAGUCCCAGAAUGUGCAAUUGACAGGAGAAGCAGUGCGGAAUCAGCAUCUGACGAAAGCUUCAAUUCAUCGGUCAGCUCAUCCUGA